UUUUUAUAACAUCAUCUGUCCAUCAGCAGGUUUUACGUGGAAGGUUUCAACAUGAACACCUCAACUAACAUCAGCAUCAGCAUUGAUGAUGAAAACAUCACAGAUUCCAGCUAUGCUGGCUCAGUCAUGAAUGUGGUGGAAUGGAUCAUCAUCUGCUUUGGACUUCCUCUGACUCUGGUGACCAUCGCUGCAGUUUAUUCUCUGAUUCGAAAGGACCACGUUGCUCCAGUCUACAUCAUCAACCUUCUGGUUUCUGAUCUCAUUCAGCUCUGCUGUCUGACGGCAUCAAAAGCAAACGUGGACGGCUUGUUAAUCCUUUGCUUUUACUUUUUCAGUCUGAUGCUCAGUGUUGGGUUCAUGGUGUGCAUUUCCCUAGAAAGGUACUUGACCAUCGCCUGGCCGUUGUGGUACAGAUUCAGACGAAACAUCAACACCUCUGUGGUUGUUUGUGUCGUGGUCUGGAUCCUUCCUCUCGUUUAUGUCCUCCCUUUCUAUUUCAGUGUUAAUGUUAAGGUCACAGAAACCAUUUUGGCAGUCUACCUCCUCCUCCCCUUCCCCCUGUUCCUCUUCUUCCUGGUUGGGACCAUUAAAGCUCUGUCUGCAGCUCACAGUGUUCCUGCUGAUGAAAAACGAAGAAUUGUGGCCAUUCUGGUUGUGCUGCUGCUGAUUUACAUGCUGCUCUUCCUGCCCAAUAUUAUUUGGCUUUUGUCAGAAGAAGCCAGAAAUAACGAGAUUUACUUCAAGUCGUCUUUCAUCCUACUUCAUUUCAGUCCUCUUGCCGACUUGAGUAUGUAUAUUUUCAUCAGAAAAGGUGCCACAGACAAGCUUUUGAAAUCACUGUGCUGUAAAAUGUCCACCAGUCAGCAGAUGAGCAGCAUGAGUAAUGACACCAUGUCAGCUUCAUGUACUCAGACUUUAUAGAUUUUACUUUAACUGGAAAUUGUAGACUUCUAUUUCUGUUACUGGAGUAAUAGAAAUAAACAUCCUGCUUUGUAUAUGUUUAUAAAUUUGCUCAUUGUCAAAGAUCUGCCCCCUUGAAAAGUUUAAAUAGUUUUCUUUUCCUUCUUGGUUCUUUUGAGCUGAAUGUGUUUUCUAGCAGAUGUUACUGUUGUUUUUAUGUUUUAUUGAUUCUCGGUUUCUUCAUUAGAUUUUCAGUAACUGAUGUAAAUGAAUCUUUGAAGAGAAAAUAUUCAGUUUACUUGACACAUAUGAAGUGAGUUGCACAAUUAUUGUUCUUGCUGUUUGUGAGUUUAUAGUUGGCUUUUAUUUUUAAAAUUACCAGAGGUUUUU